AGAAGCGGAGGGGGAAGGGGCUGUGAGUGCUGUGCUGGAGCUGUUGGGGCAGUGAGCAAGCAGGGGGUGCCAGAAGGCCGGCGCAGGGCGUGCAGCGCCUGGAGGAGCCGUGGUGCUGGUUCUGUUUGAGGUCACAGACUGCUUCCAACAGACGGGGGCUGCAGCAACUGUCGCACGCACUCUGAAUCCGCAGGCAGGACUGCUGGCACCAUGCAGGGCCGCAGGGCAGACAUGAACCAGCAGAUCCAGGAGCUGCGCAACAUCAUUGCUUUGCAAGAGCAAGGAAAAAAGUUUUCCAGGCAGUUGUCUAAGGAAAAGCGUAGGCAGAACAAAGAUCUGCUUUCCCGGCUGCACGGGACGUUGCGAGAGGACAUCCAUGCACUGGACAUUGCCCAGAAGCAUGACCAGCACAUCAUGUCUGAGUUUUGCAGAGCGCAGAAGUACUUGUGUGGCAAAACUGUGCAGGGGGCCCGAGAGAAGCUCCGGAGCAGCAUCUUCGACAGGGUGAAUGCCUGCAACAUGCUGCUGCACGAGGUGAAGCAGAGGAGCCAGGCUCGGGAUGCACUGCGGUGGCAGCUGCAGCAGCUGCUGGAUGUCAGGAUCGAUGACAAGAGGCACCAGGAGCAAGUGCAGAUGAUUCGCCAGCUGGAGAACAGCAUUGAGAAGAUGCACAUGAAAAUCCACGCUGGGCAGAAGGUGACCAUGCUGUACCUGGCACUGCGGGAUGUCCUGAAGAGGGAGCUGGACUAUCUGCUUCUGCAUCUGGAGCUGCUGUACACCAUGGCUGGGGCGUACCAUAGGGAGGUGCAGGACAGGGAGCUGAUGGCUUCGGGUGCUCUCAGAGCCAGUGACAUUACCAAGAAGGACCUGGCCAUGCUGGAAACCCGAUACUUGGCAGAGGAGGAGCACAGACACCGCAUCCUGUCUGCCCAGAAGGUGCAAACCGACUGGCUGUGGCUCAAGGAGGCAAGCAAAAAGCACUCAAGAGCGCAAGCCAGGUAUGACCUGGCUGUGGACUUCCCCUCCCUGCUGAUGCAGGACUCAGCACUGGGCUCCCAGGUACAAGCCACUAGGUCACAGAUUGAGCACGAGUCCUUUGUGACGGCAGAGGUGGAGAAGGCCAAGGCUGCGGUGCAGUGCUCCCGUGUCUGGGACAUCACCAGCAGGCUGCUGGCACAGCAGAAGUCCACAGCAGAGCUGGAGCAGCACAUCAGAGCCUGCAAGGAGAAGCGGCGGGCACUGAAGGACACGCUGCAGGAACUGGAGCUGAAGCACGCCAAGCUGAAGUUCCACCAGCCCCCAAGUGCUAUCAGCUGCAGGAAGCUGGAGGCAGAGCUACGGGAGCACCUGCAGCAGGAGGAGGCCCGGCUGGAGCAGGCACGAGCCCAGUAUGUGAGGAACCAGGAGCUGCUGCUGCAGUUUGAGAACGGCAUCGACAACCUCAUCAUCCGUCUGCAUGGCAUCAAUGUGCCUGAGCAGGAUCUCACUGUCGAGCUCAAAGGGGUGGAUGAGAAGCUGCAGCACUGCAGGCAGAAGCUGCAGCACCUGGCCCAGCGCGUGAGCUCCCUGCCUGCCCACAGCUACAGCCCUGAUGAGGACAAUGAGACUUUUGUGAAGGUCAGGAAUUUAAUGGAGAAAACGACUGCGAGAGAGCCAUGGAACCUGAAGAUUCCAUUGGAGGAGAUAGGCUCAGGGGUGCAAGCUCCCUCUGAUUUUGUUGAUGAAGACCACGACCCGGUUCCCACCCGGGAGGACAUCAAGAAGCAGGGGCUGAGCCUGAUAGAAAGCAGGAUGAGAAGCAGCAAGAGGAAGUAGCGAUUGCUGCCCCGGAGCUUCUGAUGCCUUUCCUUUUCCCAGCAGGUUUAAUAGAGCAGAGCUUUCUCAUUCCCCCCAAGUCUGUGGUAAAGCUGGAAAGGAAGAGCUGGGAGGUGGUCCUGGCACACUGCUCUCACCCACCUGGGGACAGACUGCGGUGGGAGCAGCUUUCCCAGCCAGAGCAAAGCCAUGGGUAGGCUGGCCGGUUUUCUUCCCCCUGGAUUUUGGGAUGCCAACACCUUUUCUGGGCUCAUGGCUUGCCAAAAAGGCUCUGCAGAAAGCCAAGGACACUGACCGGUGGAAGGGCACACAACCUACUGCCGUCCAAGGCCUCUGAGGCUGUUUUGGGGAGAUGUAUGGCUGGGGAAGGAGGGGAACUCAGGAUGGGUGCCCCAAUGUCCCUGCGGAGGAGAGCAGGGGCAGGGCUAAAAAUCAGAUGAAGGCCCCACUGCAGAGCUGUCUAACCUCUUUGUGGACCUCUUGUGCCUGCUUCCUCCUCUGCUGCCUGUGCACACAUCACUCAGCUCCCACUGCCUGCCCUACACUCAGAGCAAAGUCUGGGCAGCAGCUCAGAGGUGACAUCUUCCCCACUGGGCAGCACAGUAUGGGUCACAGGCACCUGGCUCCGCCAGGAGGCAUUUUGUUCUC